CAGCAGCCUUACCUGAUUCGUUCAGUAUAGAAGAAGAUGGCGACGAGAAAAGUGAACGUUAACGAUGUCCUUCUAACAGUGAAUCUCUUUUUGUUUUUUUCUUUUCUAAUCGAUGCUAAAAAACUCGAAGAUAUUGUUCAAGAAUCUUCCGGUGGGCUACCAUUUUUACAAUUCACAAAAGACGGUGUUCGUGUGAAUUUUGCUGGAUAUCAUGCUGAAACUGGUCUCGGUGGUCUUCUUGGUAAUUCUCAAACCGGUGGAGGACUUCAUGCAAGUGCUGGAACACCGUUUGGUCCACAAGCGUCUGCUGGAUUAGGUGGACUACUUAACGGUGAUAAUGCGAACACAGGUGGUGGCUUAUAUGCCCAAGCUGGUCUUGGACAUAAUCGACCAGCAGCCAGAGCUGGACUUGGAGGAAUCCUAGACGGAAGUGGAAAUUCGAAUAAUCCUAUUGCCGGUAUUCUUUUCGCGGACGCUGGACUUGGAAAAAAUCAACCAGCAGCCAAAGCUGGACUAGCAGGAAUCCUGGACGGAAGUGGAAAUUCGAAUAAUCCUAUUGCCGGUACUCUUUUCGCGGACGCUGGACUUGGAAAUAAUCAACCAGCAGCCAAAGCUGGACUAGCAGGAAUCCUGGACGGAAGUGGAAAUUCGAAUAAUCCUAUUGCCGGUACUCUUUUCGCGGACGCUGGACUUGGAAAUAAUCAACCAGCAGUCAGAACUUCCGAUAAUGUUUAUUAUGAUACAGUACCUAGUAAUGCCGCAUCAAUUAAACCAUCUACAAGUCACACAAAUAUACAAUUAAUUUCAGGCUCAAUACCGAAGAAUCAUAAGAGCCAAAGAGCGAUAAACUCAAAAUCAGUAGUCCUGAUCAACGAGCCUAUUCCCGAGUCGAAAUACUUCCCAGAGGCAGGUACGUCGGCAGAACUAUAUGCGAAUACAGGUUAUGUCAAUGGCAAGAGUCAUGUCAGUGCAUUCGAAAAUGUACAAAAGAUUCCAACUUCCCGUGAUAAAUCGAUUGAAGAAGAUCGAAAGAUAAACGAGUCUACUCCACUUGUUAAUGGCUUGAUAUCUUCGAAAGGAGUCGUUGAAGCUAAUGCUGGAGCUAAUGGGAAUGCUGCAGUUGGUAAUAACGUUAACACGGCACAAGAACAACCGGUGUUGAAUCAUUGGUACUUAAGAAAGAGAUUUCGCAGUGGUCCAUUGAGGAAACAAAUAUUACACUCGAGUUCGGUGAUACCAGUUUCGGUUCCGAUACCAGCAUCCACAUCUAGUGGUACAUCAGGAACUGCAUCUGGUGGAGUAUCUGCAAGUGCAUCAGGAGAAAUUAUCUCACGAGUGAACGCUGACAGUUCGACUGGCAGUGACAUCACUUUUGUUGGUUCGAAAACUUAUAAACCAGGAUCGUUCUUUGACGAUAUUUUUAAUAUACCGAUUUCCACAUUGACAGCGGUAAAUCAAUUACUCAGAAAUAAUGUUGGCUGAGGACUGGACCAUCUUUAUUAUCAUCUUACUACUAUAUACUUCUAUAAUUAUUUUCUUUUGAUAUUAUUACGAAUGAUCUUCGUAACAAAAAAAAAAAAACACGUAGUAUUCAUAUGGUUGGUGCAUUCGUUUAUUAUUAUUAUUUUUUGUAUUUAUUUUUUUUUUCUUAUUCUGAAGUAUUUAUUCGUCGACUACUUUUUAUUAGAAACAAUUAUCUAUUAUAAUAGGUACAUAGGUUGCAAUCAUACAAACGAGAUGAUAAAUAUGACGACAUUAAUUAUAAUUUUUUAUAGUA